AUGUCGCAUUCGUUAAAUGACUACAUAAAAACCCUUAAGCAGAAAAGUAUGAAUCGUCCGCCUGGCAAAUACAAGAAGAAACUAAUAUAUUUAAAACAAUUAAUAAGAGAAUACGUCCAUGAGAAUGCAGCGUUGGUAGACGAGCUUGAAGAAGUGCAGAUGAAAAUAGUGAUCAGAAAAGAAGAGAGAAAAUUCUUAUUAAGAAAGUUGUGCGAGUAUGAACCUCAAAUUUUAUUGGAAGUGCAAAAUGCAGCUGCUAAACAUGGGGGAGUGCCAAACCAUGUUACACAAGCUGAUAGCAAGAAGAGUAGAAAAAGACCACAUGCUGAUUCGUAUGGUCGCAGGCAAUCAUCUAAAUCGCGGAAAUCAUCCUCCUCAUCAAAGAACAGGAAAAAAAUCGUACAGCCCAUACCCUUGGAUAAUACUGGAAGACCAGUUUUCCCCAUAGAGUUAGGGCAGUUGACGAUACAUUCUCUAGGAGAUGUUGUAUGUGAUCGCAUGGAAUUUCAUUGUGAAGAGGCAAUUUACCCUGUUGGCUAUGUUUCAACUAGAAUCUAUGGAAGUUUAAAGGACCCCACAAGAAAGUGCAUGUACACAUGUAAAAUAUCUGAUGUAAAUGAUAUGCCAAGAUUUGAGAUAGCUGCAGAUGACAACUGCCCAGCAAUAAUUGGAGACACACCAGAUGUAUGUCAUUCUUUACUAUUGCAAAGAAUAAAUGAUUCUCUAUCGUUAAAUGUCGUUAGUACAAGACCUAGAGGAAACGAUUUCUUUGGUUUGACGCAUCCGACGGUUUUAAAUUUAAUACAAAGUUCUCCAGGAACUAGAAAGUGUACUUAUUAUAAGUGGAGUAAAUUCGAGGUCUCAAAAACUGGGGAUCCACAUGCAGAAUUCACAGAUGCAGGUUUAAAUUUUGAAUACUUACAGAGGAGUAUAAGCUUUUGUAAAUACAAAAUGGCGCCCGAUGUACUGCAAAAACCCGAUAAUUUUUUAGAUAGAUUUUAA